AUGAGAUUCUGGGAGGAGAGCGGGAUCCGGGGGCGGGGCUCCCGGCGAGCAGGGGCGGGGCAGGUUCCGGCAGCGGCGGUUGCCGGGCUACCUAGCGGAGUGGCGGCAGGGCUGCUCUGGAUCCCGGUGCAGCCUAGCGUCCGCACCUCGCACCACCCCAACCUCGGACUGCAGUCGGGCGCAGCAGGGCAGGAUAAGGGAAAGAUAGCGCCUAGCCCACCCACCAUCUCACUUUUCCAGCGUCCCUGGGCAGGCACCCGGAGCCCCCAGCUGGCGCCCACGCCCUACUGCGCAACUGCGGGGGAGAGGGCCGUAGGGGAACGUUUAGAAGAUCCAUCUGUAGCCCAGAAUCAUAAUCAUUCCGUGCAAAAAGGAUUGAAUGCCAGAGUUGCUAGUACAUAUCAGGUCCAUACUUUAUGUGAGUUACAGUUCUGGACUGAAAUUGAUGCCCUGGCCAUUGAGUCUCCAAACCCUGACCGGAAGCAAACACACAUGGCUGAAGCGUCCUGGAUCAGUGACCUCUCCCCCUGUGCUGGAGAGCUCCCUAUCCUGCUGGGAUAUUUGUCUUACAGGAGGAUUGUUCCCCGCAGGCCAAGGGGCUUGUUCCUUUUCACACAGCUGCCUGUGAUGCUCCCUGGAAAAUGGUGGUCAUAUCACUGUAUGAGAGUGCUCCCUAAGACCCUGAGUGGUAACUGUGUCUCCCUUCUUCUCCUUGUCUUGUCCUCAGGGAUAAACACAUCUGAUGAGAGCCAUGGCUUCAAGGGUCCUGCUCGGGCAAGGGAGAGUGCUCCUCAUCACCACGCUUGUCCUAGGCUGUUUGAGUCCAGAGCUGGCCGUUUGUCAUCUCUGCCACCACCCUCAGGAGGUACGAGCUCAUGGUUGUCAGAUAGGAGUUUUAAAGAGGGUCUCCAACUGAGCAUAGUGCACCUGGAAUCUCCAUCCAACCAGGUGGCAGUCCUUGGGGAGAGGAGGCAUAAGGGUCGGGAGUUUGAGGCCAGCCUGGGCCAGACCCUGGAGUUCUUGGGACUAUCUGAAUCCGUCUCACUGGGGGGGGGAGAGGUGAGGAGAUACUGCAGGCAGCAAGAAAUUCAGGAUCGGUCUGGAAAUUGUGUCCUGUGCAAGCAGUGUGGGCCGGGCAUGGAGUUGUCCAAGGAAUGUGGCUUCGGCUACGGAGAAGACGCACAGUGUGUGCCCUGCAGGCCGCACAGGUUCAAGGAGGACUGGGGCUUCCAGAAGUGCAAGCCAUGUGUGGACUGUGCGCUAGUGAAUCGCUUUCAGAGGGCCAACUGCACACACACCAGCGACGCUGUCUGCGGGGACUGCUUGCCCGGAUUUUACCGGAAGACCAAACUUGUUGGGUUUCAAGACAUGGAGUGUGUGCCCUGCGGAGACCCGCCUCCUCCCUACGAACCGCACUGUACCAGCAAGGUGAACCUUGUGAAGAUCUCAUCCACAGCCUCCAGCCCUCGGGACACAGCCCUGGCUGCUGUCAUCUGCAGCGCUCUGGCCACAGUGCUGCUAGCCCUGCUCAUCCUGUGUGUCAUCUACUGCAAGAGACAGUUCAUGGAGAAGAAACCCAGCUGGUCUCUGCGGUCACAGGACAUUCAGUACAAUGGCUCUGAGCUGUCAUGUUUUGACCAGCCUCGGCUCCGCCACUGUGCCCACAGAGCAUGCUGUCAAUGUCACCGGGACUCAGCCCAGACAUAUGGGCCUGUUCACCUGAUUCCAUCCUUGUGCUGUGAGGAGGCGCGCAGCUCUGCCCGUGCGGCCCUUGGCUGUGGGCUGCAUUCUACUGCCACCCUUCAGGAGAGAAACACAGCUUCAGUGGCGGACACAAUGCCAGCUUUCUUCGGGUCUGUCUCCCAUUCCAUCUGCGGCGAGUUUUCUGACGGCUGGCCACUGAUGCGGAAUCCUCUGGGCGGUGACAGCUCUCUUUGUGACUCUUACCCUGAACUCACUGGAGAAGAUAUUAACUCCCUCCAUCCAGAAAAUGAAAGCUCAACAUCUCUGGAUUCCAGUGGUGGACAGGAUCUGGCUGGAACAGCGGCUGCAGAUUCCUCUGGAAACUUCACAGAAACUACUGACUCACCUAGAGUCCGGGAGCAGACCCUCGCUCGAGAUGUUCAAAGGACUCCAAGCCAAGGAAGUUGGGAAGGCAGCGGCAAUCUGAACCUAGGCACGCCUACGCCCUUCCAGACGACUGUUCUACAGUAA